AUGGCUAGAGUAGUGGGCAUUUUUCUGUGUGUCCUGAUAUUAAUCAUGGAUGUUGCAGCUGGGAUUCUUGGCUUCGAGGCUGAAGUAGCACAAAAUAAGGUUAAGCACUUAAGAUUGUGGAUAUUUGAGUGUAAAGAGCCAAGUCAUCAAGCCUUCAUGUUGGGGUUGGCUGCAGCAGUGCUUUUGGGACUAGCCCAUGCUAUAGCCAAUUUGCUAGGUGGCUGCACUUGCAUUUGUUCUCAACAAGAGUUUGAUAAGGCUCCCCCCAAUAAGCAACUCUCAGUGGCUUGCCUUAUUUUAACUUGGGUGGUGUUGGCCAUUGGAUUGUCCAUGCUGGUGAUAGGGACCAUGUCAAACAAUAGGUCAGAUGGUUCCUGUGGUUUCUCACACCAUCACUUUCUUUCCAUUGGUGGGAUUUGUUGCUUUGUUCAUGGCCUAUUCUGUAUUGCAUAUUACGUUUCUGCCACUGCUCCUAUGGAUUAA